GUCGAAGGAAAAGGGCGGAGGAAAGGGAGCUGCCGAGGGGAUUGAGAAAUUGAAAAAACACUGGGGCUUUUAGCAGCGGGGCGAAUUAUUGAAUGUGACUUAAAUAUUGUCCCACUUUACAAACACUGGAGAGCCACUGUGUCCGCGGUGAACAGCGUAUGGCCAUAAGCCCUCUGUCAUUUCAGUUUUCUCCUCCCUUCAGGUGACUGCCUUUUGCUCAAAUAUUAGCUCCGUUCUGGGGGGGAGCGGGAAAGGCAGCCGAGCUCACGUCCUUCAAAAGAGUUUGUGUGACGGGGCGGGUGACAGCAAGCUGCAGGGGCCAUGCAUCAGGGGUGAGGGGUAUUCGCUAAGGGGGACACACACAGCGUCGGGCGAGGGGGUCGGGAUCGGUCGGUGUGGAGAUGAAACUCAAACAGCGCAUGGUGGUGCUGUGUGCCGUGCUCCUCUUGCUGGGCCUGGCAAAGAUCUUCCUGCUAGAUGGAGGCGAAGGAUCUGCAGCCAGCAGACGGGACCUCAGAGCGUUUCGCAAGAUGGAAGCCGGACUUUCUCUGUCGCGGGGAGCUCGCCUCACCCACACCCUCCAGUCACCAUGGGAGAUAGCAAGCCAGUGGGUGGGCCCAAGAGAGGUGUACCCUGAGGAGACCCCAGAGCUGGCCGCUGUGCUCACUGCGCUCAGCUCUGCGAGGAUUGAGCGAGCAGAUGUGGGCUACAAGGGUACGCAGCUCAAAGCCCUGCUGGUGCUAGACGGGGGACAAAAAGUUGUCUUCAAACCCAAGAGAUAUAACAGAGACUACGUGGUUGAGGGGGAGCCAUAUGCAGGCUAUGACAGACACAACGCAGAGGUGGCUGCUUUUCACCUGGAUAGGAUCCUGGGGUUCAGGAGAGCACCUCUGGUGGUGGGGAGAUACGUCAACCUGCGCACAGAGAUCAAACCUGUGGCUACAGACCAGCUGCUGAGCACCUUCCUAAUGCAGGGUAAUAAUACAUGCUUCUAUGGGAAGUGUUACUACUGUCGGGAGAGCGAGCCAGCGUGUGCGGAGGGAGAGAUGAUGGAGGGAUCGUUAACUCUGUGGCUGCCAGAUGUUUGGCCAUUGCAGAAACACAGGCACCCCUGGGGACGCACAUACAGAGAGGGGAAACUAGCCAGGUGGGAGUAUGAUGAGAGUUACUGCGAGGCAGUGAAGAAAAUGCCACCAUACGAUGCGGGGCCGAGGCUGCUCGACGUCAUCGAUACAGCCAUAUUUGAUUAUCUCAUUGGAAACGCUGAUCGCCAUCACUAUGAGAGUUUCCAGGACGAUGGUGGUGCAAGUAUGCUAAUCCUGCUAGACAACGCAAAGAGCUUUGGAAACGCAGCUCUGGAUGAACGAAGUAUCCUCGCGCCCCUUUAUCAGUGCUGCAUGGUUCGUGUGUCCACGUGGAACAGGAUAAACCUGCUGAGAGGUGGAGCUCUGAGUUCAGCUAUGCGGCAGGCUCUGGCAUUCGACCCUAUUCACCCUGUCCUGGCCGAGCCGCACCUCGCAGCCCUGGACAGGCGUCUGUCUGGUGUCAUAGCAACUGUCAAACAGUGCAUGGAGGCACAGGGUCCAGACAACACUCUAAUAGAGGACCGAAUGAACCUCCCACAUCCCUAGAAAGAGAUAAGGGAGAAACAAAAAAAAGCCAGGAUUUUACUUCCUGACACUGGAGAGCAGGAGAGGGACAUGGAAGAAUCAACUGUUGUCUUUAGGAAGAAACACAAAGUGAGUAAAUGGAUCAACAGGGUGGAACAAAGACUAUUUCUUCCUACCUGGUCUUUUCCUUGUCACUCGGGGGUCUGUGAUGGUGGUUCUCAAGAAGGACUGACUGGAUUCAAAGUGUCACCUUCAACUCUACAAACAUUCAGGACUGUUGUGCACUAUAGGACAGUAUCUGCUGUAUGUGUAAGAACUCCACCAACUACUGCUGGCUGUGUCAACACACCUGCCUUGUGCCAAGUCCUCCAUCCCUGUCCUAACUUUUCCUUAGAGGGCAACUAAGGAGGAAGGAUGGUGCUCAGAGAGAUUCAGAUUCUGAAAAGAGCAGUAGGAUGAAGAUGAGCCACCUUUGUCUCCACGGAAGAGCUGUACAGCUUUAUUUCCGGCUGUUUGGAGAUUACAGUUCAUGAAACUGAAAAGCUGUGUGAAAUGUCAGUUCAUCUGGGAUGAACCUGUUUACUGUUGAAUACACUAAGAACUGAAAACAUUUUUUCUUCUUAAAUUAAAAUUGGUCUUUAAUUGAGAGAAAAAGAGAAUUAAGCCAACCAUUCCCACCAGUGUACAUAUUUAACUAAGUAGUAACAUAGAAUUAUGAGAUGAGAUAUGAGAAUAUAAAUUUGUGGAUUAUAAUAUUAAAUAAAGUGUGUGUGUGUGUCUGUAUGUGGGUGUGUGUGCGUGCGUGUAAGGAAGAGUGCCAUACUGUGCCGUAAAGAAGAAAGCUACUGACAUCAGAGACUUGAACAGUGGGGGGAUAGAGGUCGGGUGUGUGGGUUCAUCUUCAGUAUUAAACUAUGAUCUAUUUAAACAAGGUUCUCUCUCAGUCAUCUUUCCUCCAACGUGUUCACCACUUAAAAGCAGAAUCGGUCUAGAAAUACGUGUUGGUACCGUUGAUGCGACUUUAUUUGGUUUGAUGCGCUGCAGUUACUGUAUUGGAAGGGGCUUUCAUUUUAUUCUUACUUUUAGUUGCUCUGAUAUAUUUGGAUAUAGAUUAAAUCUGUGAAGCUUUACAGGUCAUAUCAGUAACAUACUGAUUACAGUUAACGCAGUAGUUUAUAGUAACUGUUUUUUAACACCUCCUGUGCCCUAAAUUUAGCUCAAAUUUAAAACGUAACCUACAAACAAGUUUGCCUGUUUAAUUUUUUGUUUGGUAUAGUUUUUUUUUUUACUUGUUGCCAUCAUCUGAGAUUGUCUUGAACUCAUUGUGUGCAUUGCAGUGCUCGUCUAACUGUUUGAAACGGAUACAGGUGAGGCAGAGCUUACACAUCAUAACAAAAUAUUAUCUGAGUACUUUUUUUUUCUUCUUCUUCUUUCCCACAGACUUUAAUGUUUGAAGGUGAUCUCAUUUGUGGUUUGCACACCUGUCAGCUUCUGUCUGAAGCACAAGUAGCUCUGUAACACGUAGAGGUCUUGAAAUGCUUUGCUUAAGGAGCAGCUGACAGUAACUGAACUGAAGUGCAUGCAGGCAUAAAAUGUCUGAAUUAGAAGUGAGAGAACGAUUUUUGCCACCUCCUGCACAUCAUGCAGUCACUCUCAAGGAUGUGUGUGGGCAGUUGAUGAUUACCCUGAUACACUUCUUCCACAAACUCAAACUUUCCUCAUUCACUUGCCCUCAAUGUCUGUCUGUCAGCUGAAAUUGAAAUAACAACAAAAAAUAAAAAAGCUUAUCUUUGUAAAAAAGUGACAACUCCUUGAGCCAAUAUUUAAUCUAUGUGGCCUGAAACGGAUAUCAGUGUUGUUACAGUACGUCUGCCUAUGGAUUUCCCCAUGUGAGCAUGCACUUCUGUUACAGAUCAUCUCUCACCGCAGGAGCUUCCUUAUCACUUGACAUUUACUUCAUCUUGCUUGUCAACCUUGGCAGUAGAGGUGUCAUGGCUACCAAGUGUAAAUUUUUAGUCCUGAUACUCAGCUCUGAGUGAGUUUUGUUGUUUUGCUACACCCACAGAGGGGAAACGUAAUUGUGAAACCAUGUGGCAGGUUCCCCCUUUCCCACAUGCAGAUGUUCACUCUCAGCUGCGUGCUCGUCUUGCUGUCACAUCUAGCCUCUCUGUGUUUAUGUGCAAACAGCCAGAUGAUGUAGGACACCUGUUUCGUUUAGACUAAGCAGGUGUUUUACUUGGGACACUCACCAAAACAUUGAAACUCUGAUGAAAACCGCAGUUUUUUUGUCAUGUUCAGGCAUGUCAGGUCAUGUUGCAGGAAAUACUCAAUGUGUUUCCCCAGGGGGACAACAUUGACUUUCCUGAUGUCUUCAUGUUGUGUUGACAUUUAUUGGCCAUGCUUGUCGGGGUUGCUGCCAUUAUUCCCAACAGAAGUAAGCAUUCAUUUCACUCAUUUCUUUGAUCUCUGAGUAAUAUUGUUGCGUUUCCUCAAUUUGUGCACCCCAGAGAUUCAAACCUUAAAAUACUGUUGUUAUGACAAUGUACCACCGACACUAGAUGUCCCCCUAAGAUCAUUUCUGGAUGUUGUAAAUACCCUCUUGUAGGGUCAAAGUGCCACUAGGCACCAUAAAGUCACUGUAAACUCACUACUGAA